AUGUCCUCCACCACCUCAACCCACCACCUCGCCGCCAUCCUCCCCACGAAAGCCGCCGGAGCCUUCCAAGUCAAAGACCGCCCCACCCCGACCCCAGGUCCCCACGACCUCCUCAUCGAAGUCAAAUCCAUCGCGCUCAACCCAAUCGACUACUACCAACGCGACAAAGGCUUCCCACCCCUGGACCACUACCCCACGGUCCUGGGCUCCGACAUCGCGGGCACCGUCGUCUCCGCCGGCGCCUCCGUGCCGUCCGACGCGCCCGAACCGGGCGCCCGCGUCGCCGCCUUCGCCCCGUGUUUCUUCACCAAGGGCCUCCCGGACUACGGCGCCUUUCAGACGCGCGUGCUGGUCCCGGCGGCGAACGUGGUUCCGCUGCCGGCGAAGAUCGGCUUCAACGAGGCGAGUUUGCUCCCCAUGGGCGUCGUGACGGCGUGGUCGGGCUGGUAUUCUAUUGGGGUGCCGCGUGAUACGGCGUACUCGGCCGAGGAUGGGAAGGGGAUGCUGAUUUGGGGUGGCGCGAGCAGUAUUGGCAGUGCGGCGGUACAGGUUGCGAAGUCUAUGGGGUUCAGUGUUUAUGUCACCGCGAGCGAGAAGCAUCAUGAGUAUCUGAAAGGUUUGGGAGCGAGCAAGGUUUUUGAUUAUAGGAGCGAAGAUGUAGUGGAGAAUAUCGUCAAGGCGGCCAAGGCGGACGGGGUCACGGUUCAGUCGGGAUUUGAUGCGGCCGGUCAGGUGAAGUCGUGUUUGGAGAUCUUGAAGGAGUUGAAGGGGGAGGGGUCGGCGAAGCUGGCGACGGCGGUCCCUCCGUCGGAGGACACGCCCAAGGUAGAGGGUGUGGAGGUGAAAUUCGUCGCGGCUCCGGGGGAUGAGAAGGAGAGGACGGAGCACUUCCACUUUGUCCUUGGGGUCUGGUUGAAGGAGAAGUUGGAGAAGGGGGAGUUUGUGCCGAGUCCGAAGGUUCAGGUGGUUGGGGGAGGCUUGGAGGGGAUCGACAAGGGGUUGGAUGAACUGAAGAAGGGAGUCAGUGGUGUGAAGCUUGUGCUUGAGGUUUGA